AUGGGACACAUACUCCUGCUCUUGCCGUUGGCUACGCUUGUGCUCUAUUUGCUGACUCGAAAGAAAAAGAGUGCACUUCCUCUACCUCCAGGCCCUAAACCCCUACCGUUGAUAGGCAAUCUUCGAGACCUCCCUCUAAAGAAUGAGGCUGCAACUUAUAAUGACUGGGCGAAGAGAUAUGGCGACUUAGUCUAUGCAAAUGUUCUUGGUCGCCACCUGCUCUUUGUUAAUUCUACACAGAUAGCAAAUGAUCUAUUCGAGAAGCGGAUGGGUUGGGACUGGAGUUUCGGCCAUAUGCCAUAUGGUGAACGCUGGCGGAAGCACAGGAAAAUGUUCGAGCGCCAGUUCCGACCUGCCGUUGCUCCCACGUACUGGCCUGUGCAGCGCAAGGAGGCACAUGCACUCCUUCGCAACAUCCUCGACGCCCCAAGCGAUCUGAUCGAGCACCUGCGUCAUAAUGCGGCUAGCGUCAUCAUGAACGUGAUUUACGGCAUCGAAAUCGCACCACGUAAUGAUAGGUACAUCGACAUUGCUGAGAAAGCCCUUGAUGGGAUGGCGAAAGCCGCAGCUCCCGGUGCAUUCCUCGUCGACGUCCUCCCCUUUUUGAAAUAUGUCCCGGCAUGGAUGCCCGGGGCUGGGUUUCAACGUAAAGCUAUAGCUUGGAAGAAAGCUGUUCUUGAAAUGCGAGAUGCGCCUUUUGAGGCUGUUCAGAAUGCGCUGUCCCAUGGAAAAGCAUCCCCGUGUUUUGUCUCAAACCUCAUCAACGAUCUGGACAAGGAAAAUACCGAGGACCAAGUAGAAACUAUCAGGGGCUGCGCAGGUUUAGCCUAUGCUGAAAGUGAGGUGUCAUCAUUAUCGUCAUUUUUCCUUGCAAUGGUGCUUCAUCCCGAUGUCCAAGAGAAAGCACGGGCAGAACUGGAUUCUGUCAUUGGGCCGGGUCGUCUUCCAGAUUUCAAUGAUAGGCCAACUUUACCUUACAUCAACGCAAUUGUGAAGGAAGUGUUACGGUGGAAUCCUGUUGCUCCUCUUGGUCUACCUCAUAUGGUCACUAGUGAUGAUGUUUACGAGGGCUAUUUCAUCCCUGCUGGGACGACCAUCAUUGGCAACACCUGGACAAUACUGCACGAUGAGAGGAAUUAUUCCCAACCGAUGAGAUUCUGGCCAGAACGUUUUCUAACAGCAGACGGAGAGGAAGACAACACCGCACUUGACCCGGCCACAGCGGCAUUUGGCUAUGGAAGGCGCAUUUGCCCAGGGCGCUUCAUGGCUGAUGCCCAACUUUGGAUCUCCGUAGCUUGUCUAUUGACAGUAUUCGAUAUAUCUCCUGGCUUCGAUGAAAAUGGACGCCCAAUCAAGACGGAAGCUGCCUUCGAAUCAGGUAUGAUAUGUCAUCCGAAACCAUUUGGGUUUACCAUCACACCCCGCUCUGAGUCUGCGAAAGCGAUUAUUAAACAGACGGCAGACCUCGUUGCCUAG